GUAGACACAUGUUUGCAUUUGCGUAUGUAUGUCCGGCUGGUCUCAACUCUGAACCCUGUUCUCUCCAAGAAAGUUACACCUUUGCCACCCUUUGCAAGUGACACAAAACCCCCCAAAGACCUCCAAACAAGAAACGAACGUGAAGAACCGGAAAACCAAAACCUUACAGAAUCUGAAAGCGUAA